AUGGCUACCUCAGCGAUAACCAAGAACCCUUUCGACCUACUCGGGUUCAGACAUCGAAUCAGUCGGUAUGUCACCAUCAAGGAUGCUCUCUCAUGCGCUCUUGUCUCCAAGGCCUGGACGGACGACUUUGUCCCCGCGAUUUGGUUCAAGAUCGACUUUGAUGUCCAGUCACGGUUCACCAACCUCUCGCCCCAUACUAUUGCCAAGUACGGACACCACAUCCAAAUCGUCAUGAACGCCAGGUCGCUUUCCCAGGUCUCUUCUCUUGCCAACGCCAGCGUCAACGGGCUCAGGAGCCUCCAUAUCGACACAGCAGCCUCCGCCUUGCAGCAUAUCCAGGCAUAUGAGAUUUUAUCCAGGAAUUAUUCAAGCCUUCAUGAAAUUCAUCUUUUUGCUGCUUCAGUCCCUUCCAACAAGCGCGAAUCCUCAGCUCAUUACGUGGUUACGCCAGCCUUAGUUAUCUUUCCCGGUACUAUCUCGAUCCCGUCCAAGCUCAACCAUUUGAGGAUCGAGAACCUUUGCCUGACGUACGAUGGACUAGUGAUGAUUCUUCAAGGUUGCCCGGGACUGUCCGCGCUAUGGGUGGAACACGUCGACAUCGUCAAACCAUUGACUAGAUCAUUUCAACACAUGGGCAUCAAUCUGUUGUCGUUGGAACUCAUGAGCAUCCACUACACCGGCCUGAGCCGUCCCUCCUUGUUGUCUUAUUUCCCAAACUUGACAACGUUGCAUACUUGGAACUGCGACACGAGCUACGCCAUCCCCUGGGACAGGAUCAAGGACGAGAUAUCGCGACACUGCCCUCGGCUCAUCGAGUAUCGACUGGCAGAUACUACUGGUGCCAUCGUCCCCGACUUCCUAGCCAACAUCGCCAACAACAACAACGUCUCUCGAAUUAUGUUCAGGUACAACAACAUGUCGUCAGACACAAUUACAGCCAUUCUUAUGCACCAAGCCUUCCUGAAAUCGGUCGAGCAGUUCACACCGUCAUCUAAGUUUGAUCUUGAAAAAGAAGAAGUCGCUCCGGUUUCAAGCCAUUUUCGAGCAACCGGCCACCUUUUGCAGCUGAUCCCUCGGUGCUGCUCACGAUUAGUAUCCUUAUGCCUAAUGUCACACGAGAUGGACAUGGAUGUCGUUGAGAGAGGCGAGUGGGCGUGCAGGAACCUGGUAAUACUUAAGAUCAGAGUCAAGGGUCUGGACACCAAGGAGAAGAUCCUCAAGGCCGUUGCGCUUUGGCGAGCUGGAUGCUGGAGGCGACGACAGAGUAAAAUGAAUGAGGAUGAUGCGGUGAUGUUGAAGGCUCAGGAUCAACUCUACUGUUCGAUCGAGACUCGAGUCGCUAAACACCUUCUCAAGUUCGUCAAGUUGGACUUGGUCUGGCUCGGGUACCAAACAUGGAGACCUCUCUGA